GCAGUUUAACGGCUCUCUCCCAAGUUACCUAUUAAAAUAUAGAUGAAUAUUAUUAAAAAAGCUGGUAUUGAUUGGACUUCAAAAAACAAAGCAGAAUUUGGAGCGUGCCUCCUUUGCCAUAGAUUUGAGCCUAACAACUUUCAAAAGGGAAAACUAAUACCCUUCCCACGCAAUGAUAAGCUAUGCUGGGUUCAUGAAAAUUGUCUAAACUUGGAAACCUUCGAUCUCUCACAAAAUGAAAUUAAUAAAAGAAUUCAAAGCGCCGAGAAGCAACUUUGUUUUAAUUGUUGUCAAAUUGGAGCAACCUACGCAUGCGCUCUUUAUCUUUGCGGCCGUAUGUUCCACUAUCCUUGUUUAUUUGAACAAGGAAGUCGAGCUUUUCAACUAUCGUCCAAAAUUUAUUAUUGUAGUAGUCAUGUAGAUGUUAUACAAGAAUAUAUGAAUAACCACGUAAGCUGCAGGGUAUGUUCCUGCGCGGGCAAUUUAAAGGAUUUGCUUUAUUGCUCGGAGUGCGACACUUUUUUGCACGGCCAAUGCCAGGAACCUCCCGUGGAUAAUACAACUGUUUUUGGUCCUUUCUCUUGUUUUUGCUGCAAAAAAUGUGCAAUUUGCUGCUUGGGUUCGGACCCUGAACUUCUGUUUGUGUGCAGUGUGUGUGAUCGGGGUUAUCAUACCUACUGCUUAUCCCCUGGCGAGGGGAAAACCCCCUUUGAUUCCUGGGUCUGUGCCAGUCCUGCUUGUCUCUCAAAGCAAAAAAAUACUCCUUCAGAAACUUAUAAGCGGCAGUUGUUUGUGGAUAACGCGUUGGUUUUCUGUUCCACUAUACCCAGUUGGAAGAACCACUCUAGGGAUAUUGUUUCCACAGAAACGGUUAAUAGACUAUUAGAGGGCGCUGCACGGAUUUUGUUCUUUCAAGAAGAUUUGACUGCCGUGGAAUUUUGUUAUAUUUGUGGCAUAAGUGAAGGAAAUGAUGCAGAUUAUAUACAUUGCAUCCAAUGUGGCGAGUGUUUCCAUAUCGCGUGCGUUGGCAGACCUCACACCGAUGUUUUACUCUGUGGAUGGCGGUGUUACAGUUGCCAAGCUUGUGAAAUAUGCUUCAACACUUUAAACGUAAGAAAGGGGGUGAUGAGUAUUUAUGCUCAAAACAACUUUAAGAUCUCUGAUGAAAAUGUCCCUAAACCAGUAGACAAUGCUAUCAGUGAGCAGCAUAGAGAACCCCCCCAAGGAGAGGGCUCACCUGCCAUAUCCUGCAGGACUUGUCAACGUGUCUUCCAUAUAGCGUGUCUGAGGUCAUGUGCAGGCGCUACGGACUUGAGCACUUGGAACUGUCUGAGGUGCCGGGGGAGCUGCGUAGACUGCGGCCAGCGGGAACCAAACAGCUACUACAAAGGUGACGGCGUUUGCCGGGAAUGCGCUCAUUACCGAAGGAUGGGGCACGUUUGUUGCGUGUGUGACAGUGUCUAUGACGAGAUCCGCACCUUGGGGAUGGUCAAGUGCGAGGAGUGUUGCAAAUGGGUGCACUUCGUGUGUCUUAACAUUGACAGGGAACAGCAAUCUCUUAUCAGCUCCGAAUUUCCGUUUUAUUGCCCGGAUUGCACGUGCCUUGACGACUGCAAGACCCGGUCAAACAGGCUAUUAAAGAAGUAUUUGGAAAAAAAGUUGGAAGCGCCUUCUAGUAAAGCAAACGCCACCUGCACUUUGGAAACCCCACUGGCGCACGAGACCAUUAUUCCCACCCCGCUUCCCUCCGCUCCUUUAUUUCUUAGCAGUGUCAGCGCAGGUCCAAAAGCUGCCAACGAAAUGCUUUACACCUCAGUUUACAGCAAUAUCACACGCCACCUGAGGUCAUCUUUCUUAAAUAAGGUUUCUUACUUUACAAAGGACCGCAACCAACUUCAAAAUUACAAAACUGGAAUUCAAAGAAUAGGCAAAGAGAAUUUCGCGUUGUUCGAAAAUGCUAACAACUUUACUGAGAGGCUAUACCCACGUGAGACGAUUGCGGUCAAUGGCGUAAACGAGGCGGACGAUACUUCUCUCGAUUUUCGCUAUUUUUUCUGGAAUGCUAAGAACCGCCACUCUCGCAAAUGGCAACGCCUUUCCCUUUUGCAUCGCCGACUGAGCCAAGUUUACUUGACUGAAGCCAACAGUGGCGAGCAGGCCGAUUUUGUAAGUAUGGUUGCGGACAGUCAGUACGCCUUCAACCUUCAUACUGGUUGGAUAAACCCUUUAACUCUCCAGCGCAUCAAUCGUCUGCAUUUAAUAAACGAGGGAGAUAUUAUUCCAAUCAUAAGAAAAGGUAAAAACAUUGAAAAUAAAACAGUGAAACCUCUCACGUGGUAUCCACUCCCUCGCAUUGCGGUGGGGGAAAGGGACCCGAGAAAAUGUUUCUUCUGCGCAGUCGACUUACCGAACGAAACUUUGGUCAACUAUAAAGCAGUUUGGUGGCAUAGCAGUUGCAUCGCCUCAUGUGUGGAUUACAAAGCUCACCUUGAGUCCCUACUAAAACUCCUUUUUCUUCAGGACAUGUACAAUGUUAUCUACAACAAAACGACACUGGAGGAGGAAUUAGGCUUCCACAUGAAAAGCCGCGUGGGAGCACUGACCAUUCACUCCAUUGGAAAUCUCGUGCCAACCAAGGAGUUUGUCUCGGAAGACCGUGCGUGCAUCUAUCCCGUGGGUUAUCGUGCCACGAGGCUGUAUUGGAGUCUCUGGAAGCCCACCCUCAAGGCCGUGUAUACUUGUCUAAUAAAAAUAAAAAACAACCGACCUCUUUUUAAGCUUUCUUGUCCUUCAGAAAAUUGGAAGCUUAGGAACGUCGAUCUAAACGCGCUUUAUGCCUCGUUUAUUGAAAAAGUUAACCAAGCUCGAUUCGCACAGCAUAAAGAUGGAAUAUGGAAGGGCCAGCAGUCAGUUUAUUUUGAAAACAAGGCUCCCUUGACUUUUUUCGGAUUAAACCACGACCUCGUGACGUGGAGGAUUGAAAAUCUUCCAGGUGCCUGGACACUUGAAAAGUUCUAUGACUUCAAGCACUUUACGCACCCCAAAACUUUGAAGAGUAGGUACGAGGCACUAAAUUUGCCAAGUUAUCAUCUGAAUCACCCUCCCAGAAACGGUCUGUUGUGUGCCAGAUUGAUCCCCUACUGCGAUGUCGUAAGAAUGAAGGACUGUUGGUGUUCAGUAGAGAAAAUUCCUUUAAAAAGCAAGCUUCCGAUGAAAAGUGUCAAAGCCUUGGAGACUAUCUCUUACUUUACGGAUUUAUCGAAGGCAAAGGCCUCUCGCUCCUCAAAACCUCAACCGCGGUCGCUAGAAAACCAGUAUUUAACGUUGGAGGCGUCCUCACGCUUGCGCACUGUCGUCUCAAAGUCCUCUAUUCAGGGCCGCGGUGUUUUUGCCACGCAGCCUUUUGAAAAAGGUGAAGUAGUGAUGGAGUACACCGGAGAGCUGGUGCGACCGAUCAUAGCGGACGCCCGAGAAUCCUUUUACAAGCAAUACGGGUUAGGCGACUACGUAUUCCGCCUGACCGACUCCGUAUACAUAGACGCCACUUUUAAGGGAAAUAAUGCGCGCUUUAUUAAUCACUCCUGCGAGCCAAAUUGCAAGUCACUCGUCGUGAAUAUCGAAGGAGAAGCUAAAAUUAUUAUCAUAAGCGCGCGUGAUAUUGAGGCCGGAGAGGAGCUGAGUUAUGACUACAAGUUUGACUGGGAAGAUGAAAAGAAGAAAGAAGAGUGUAGAUGUGGCGCACUGAACUGCAAAAAGUAUCUGAAUUAUAUCGACAGAGUAAAGAAGAGGGGUUGACAGAGAAAUCGAGUUUUGGCUGCACCAACCAACUCUCCGAAGGCUAGAUUUACGUAUGAAUACCAGCAGCGAACUCCGUGUGCUAACGAAACUAC